GCGGUUUAAAUGAAGCAGUCGGUGUAAACACGUGGUGUAAGCAACUGCCGCAAUGGCAGAUUUAACAAAGAUUACUCCGUUGUUUUUGUUGCUCCUUCUUUGCAAAAAGUCACUCUGUGCAGAGAGUGAAUCGAAGGAAGUACUAGUCGAGUCAGAGUCAAAGGACGGCAAGCUUGAAAUAAUCAAACAAAUUAAGAAAGUCAAUGACGAUGGCUCCUACACUAUAGGUUACGAAGCCGAUGAUGGGUCGUUCAAAAUCGAAAGUCGGGACGUUUUAGGGAAUAUUAAGGGAACUUACGGGUAUAUAGACGACGCUGGACAAAUUAAAAGAGUGUCUUACAGCACGAGCAAUUCUAGUGAGAUUUUACCAAAACCGGAUCAACCAUCCGUGGUUCAAAGAAUCCCCAAGACAAAUCGCACCCAAAUUUACACUUCGUCAACCAAACGCCCGUUUUAUUCCACAACUCAGUCGACCCCAACCAGCACAACGGCCCUCCAAAGACUCGCCAAACUGCGCAGUCAGUCAACAACAACCACCGAAAAACCAAACUACAGCGAAGUGGUUAACAUGGAAAGCGAAAUCAAAACCACAAGCAAACCGCAUAUAGUGUACCCAAGCUCGACACCCAGAAUCUUGCUACAAGGUAGAUCAACAGUUAGAUCAACCGCAGCAACACACACCCAAACCCAAAAAUCCGAAGGUCAGCUAAUUAGACCAGAAAUUGUAACAGCUAGGCCAACAGAACUGCCAUUGUUCAGACGACUUGCUUUGAAACACCCACUUUUGGGUGACGACAAACACGUGGCGGAUGGAUCCGAAGUCAGGAGUAACAUCUUGCGGAGACAAUUGUCCCAAGAGAAAUCUGACUUUGAUCCCCAACAGCACGUUUUCACGCUACAGCAAGCUUUAGGUAGCGACGCGACUGACGUUUACAGUGGUUCCGUAACCACUGGAACCCCACGACCUUUGUUCACUACUACGUCCCGACCUAGGGCUCUUUUAAGUACGACCACAACACCAACAGUGGUCUCGAGACCAACUAUACGGUAUCCAGUAAACUACCAAAGGACUGUAUUACAAGACUUGGAAAGCAACACACAGUAUGCGCAAGAAACAACAACCACGGAAGCAACGGUUAAUGACGCGACCCCAACCCCGGUCCCAGUGGUCCAAAUCCCGGCGAACAGAGCCAACCAAGAGCCCCUUGUUGCAAUAAGACACCCGUUCCAAAGGGGUACUAUUUUGGUACCGUUGAGCCAAUUGCAAGGACGAGUGGUUCCAGUUGAUAUCAAUGACAAUCUCAGUCAAUACGGAAGACAAAAUGAACAAAACACUCAAAAACCGGAUGUUGAGCCGCAGCCUAUUUACGUGCGGAGGUUGCCACCGCCCCAGUUUAGACCAAUUCCGGUCCAAGUCGACGAAAAUGGAUAUAUCCGAGACUUGCAAAGGCAACCAAACGGCCAACCCAUUCCGUACCCUGUCCCAGUCCCGCCCCAAAAAUACAAUGAUGUGGACAACGAUAUUGACGAAAUCAGCCCUCCUGUCAGUACCCGAGACUUCCAAAAGCUCCUGCACCAAUUAAUUUUGCGCCAAACCCGCUUGGAACGCAUCAGUGCUUUGACUGACCCGAGACGCCACCCAGAAUUAUACCAACCGAGGUAUAGGCCAGUCUAUCGCCCAACACCUGUCCCAUAUUACCAACAAAACGGCCCAGUACAAUUUUUAUCCGACGAUAAUGUGCAACAAAGGCAAAGACAAUACGUCCACAUUUCGCCAGAACAGCAAGUUGCAAUUCGUCAGCAACAACGCCAAGACCAAGAAGUGUAUCAGAACGGGCAGUCUUACAUUCCCAUGAGACGAGUGGCGAGGCUUCUGCAACCAGGGGAAGACCAACGUCUUGAAAAUAAAGACGAAUAUCUUCCCCCAGAUGUUAGGGAAAUGCUCUUGUUGCGGAUGCUCCAACUUGCCAUAAACCCAGCAUUACCACUGAGCGAGGAUGAGAUGGUGCAAGGAACAACCCCCGUGCCACAAUACAAGAAGGCUCCAGUUCGGAAUGUGGAAAUUUUGGGGGAAGAACCCGAAGAGAAACGGCCCGUGAGAAGUAAAAGGUACAGAGAGCCACAUAUGGAUUAUUAUGAACAAUAGUAGCGCUUGUUGCGUGUUGUACAUACAAACGGUAUACUAUCUUAUCUUAAUGAUUACGGGACAAUGACAGUUUUCGUUGCAAAAAUGCAAAGUAGGUAUUAAAAUCAUCUUAGUUCACAGUCAUGUUAGUACAUGAGGUUUAUUUAUUAGCAUGCUCAUUAUCAUUACCUACUUUUCCAAUUUAUUUAUGUUGCAAAUUUCGCGGACGUCAGCGCACCUGGCGUUGUUUUGGUGAUAUUUUUGUAGAUAUUUAUUGUUCAUUUUUUACUUGUUUUGUACCCUAGUUAGGCCACGCAUAAUUAAUAGAUUGCAUGCUUCAAUUAUGUAAAUAUUGCGCAACCAUUACCAAAGAUGUGAAUACUUUACGUGGGAACUUAUCUACAUGUCGUUUCUUUUUAAACAACUGUUCUAUUAUUACAAUAAAACAAUUAAUGAAUA